AUGUUGGAAUCAAGAAUGGUGUCGGAUGUUACAUGGGAACCGCUAGCACCCCUAGCAGCGACGACCACGACUGCCGAUGAUGCCCCAAUUCAAGAUGGCGACGACAACAGCGACGCCGACACACGCGGGCCUAGGUCUUAUAGCCUAGAGGACUACUUGGACCUUCGCAUCGACAACUUCACUGGUGACAUGCGCGACACCUUCACCUGCCCGCGCGGCGACACACAAUGCGACGGCCACACAUUCUCGUCGAUCCAGGAGUGCGUAGCACACGAGCAGGACUGGCAUGCUGGCCCAUACAAGUGUUAUAUCUGUGGGCGGGCGUUUGCGUCGGGGCCGCGGUUGCGGCGCCACGACCACUACGUGGACUCGGAGGCACGCCGGGUGGACGUGGACGAGGCGGAGAUGCGCAGGGGCGGCGUGUGCGUUACGGUCUACCAUGGCAAUUUGCUGCAGAGGCGGCGGGCCAAACAGUUUGCGAAGCUGGUGAAGCUCGACGACGCAAGUCGAGAGAAAGAAAGGGCUAGGGAGGAGAAGAAGCGGACAACGAAAAUGUUGGCCGCGAUUAAGCGUGAGGAGGUUAGAAAGAGAAACAAGGACGGACAGUUGGUCGUGAUUGGCGCAGAAGAUGGUGCCGCGAUAGGGCCCGUGGAGGACAAGGACAACAUGGAGAUCUGUCACGAGCCGUGCUGUCCAUUGUUUGAGAGGCGAUUUACCAAUAAUGGGUCGUAUGCGCGACAUAUUGCUGCGCAGAGCCACGCCAUCGCCGUUCGCAUGGGCAGGGCUCUUGUCCAGCAACUCACCGUCAUGGCCACGAGCCGGGGGUUUCUGGCCGACACCUCUCCUCCCCACGAUGCUGAAAUGGCGGGCCAUGGGCGAGCGAGCACGCCGCCACCUCGACCGCGCGAUGCCCAUACGCAGCUACUCUCUCCGCCCCCAACACCGCACACGAGCGACGACAACGACCAUGACUGGGAUGGCAUGGAGAAGAUGCCCAUGAUGCUGACGCUACGACUGGCCAAGACACAGCGAGCGCUGCGCGAGCUGCGCUGCAACGCCCCCGGGUGCAGCAUGUACGGACAGGGAAUGGCGAGCAGCCAGUCCUACUGGGCGCAUCUGGCGUCGCAAGGCCAUGUGGCUGCGUUGAAGGCGUGGACUGGACGAGGUGGAGAGGCGGUUUACGUACCUUUUUGA